ACGAAUAUUUUUUAAACGUUAGCGAAACGCUCCGUGUUCAUUCUCUUUGCUGAAAGCUGCAGCAAAAGUUUCAUCACUUAGGGGAGGAGCCGUGUCCGUCUGUGUUCAGAGCACUGCUGUGAUAAAUGAAGGAAUCAAAGCUUAAAGAAGAAGAAGGAGGUGAACAAGAAUUAACAGAAGACAGGGGCUGGUUCGCACGCAGGACAACAUAUACCGGGACUUCAGGAGGUUAAACCAUAAAAAUGACCAUGCUGCUGCUGAGGCUCACCCUGUGUUCAAAGAUCCCCCCGGAUUCACCAAGACACUUAAGCCAGCUGCUCUCCAGAAAACUGACACAAGGUGGCCAGGGCAGGGCCCAUAGCAGCUCCUUCGCACACCGCAGUGAGCUGCGGCAGGCCAAGAGGAUUGUAGUUAAGCUCGGCAGUGCCGUCGUUACACGUGGAGAUGAGUGUGGCUUGGCUCUUGGGAGGCUGGCCUCGAUUGUGGAGCAGGUGGCUAUGUUGCAGAAUCAAGGCAGGGAGAUGAUGAUUGUCACCAGUGGAGCUGUGGCCUUCGGCAAGCAAAGACUGAGACAUGAGAUCCUGCUGUCCCAGAGUGUUCGGCAGGCGCUGCACUCUGGACACAGUCAACUCAAUGACAUGUCUUUGCCGGUGCUGGAGGCCCGAGCCUGUGCUGCAGCUGGACAGAGCGGCCUGAUGGCCCUGUAUGAAGCCAUGUUCACCCAGUACAGCACUUGUACAGCACAGGUCCUGGUGACAAAUCUGGAUUUCCACGAUGACCAAAAGAGGCAGAACCUGAACAGCACACUGCGGGAGCUGCUGCACAUGAACAUCGUGCCAAUCAUCAACACCAAUGAUGCUGUGGUGCCCCCUCCGGAGCCCAACAGCGACCUGCAGGGGGUGAUCAGCAUUAAGGACAACGACAGCCUGGCAGCACGGCUAGCUGUAGAGAUGAAGGCUGACCUGCUCAUCGCACUCUCUGAUGUGGAGGGACUAUACAACAGCCCCCCUGGAACAGAUGAUGCCAAGCUCAUUGACAUCUUCUACCCUGGAGACCAGCAGUCCAUCACCUAUGGUACAAAGUCUAGAGUUGGGAUCGGAGGCAUGGAGGCCAAGGUCAAAGCUGCCCUUUGGGCCUUGCACGGUGGCACCUCAGUGGUUAUUGCAAAUGGCACCAACCCCAAAGUAACAGGCCAUGUCAUCACUGACAUUGUGGAGGGCAAGAAAGUAGGAACCUUCUUCUCUGAAUUUAAACCUGCCGGCCCAUCUGUGGAGGAACAGACAGAAAUAGCGCGCCGUUCUGGAAGAACCCUUGCAUCUCUGCAUCCAGUCCAGAGGAGUGAGAUCAUCUGCCAUCUAGCAGAUCUGCUGACUGAAAGGAAGGAAGAGAUUCUGGCUGCAAACAAGAUGGAUAUGGACCUGGCUGUCAGUGCAGGCCAUUUGCCUCCAGCCAUGCUGAAGCGUCUCAGUCUGUCACCGGCCAAACUUAACAGCUUGGCAGUAGGUCUCCGCCAGAUAGCCAUGGCCGCCCAGGACAGUGUGGGUCGAGUGCUGCGCAGGACCAGAGUGGCUCAUAAUUUAGAGCUGGAGCAGAUUACUGUACCCAUCGGGUUGCUUCUGGUCAUAUUUGAGGCCCGACCUGACUGCCUGCCGCAGGUAUCAACACUGGCAAUAGCCAGUGGCAAUGCCCUCCUGCUGAAAGGAGGAAAAGAGGCAGCCAACACCAACCAUGUCCUCCACCAGCUCACCCAGGAAGCUCUUUCCAUGCAUGGAGUCAAGGAGGCUGUGCAGAUGGUGAGCACCCGUGAGGAAGUGGAGGAUCUCUGCCGACUGGAUAAGAUGAUAGACUUGAUCGUCCCCCGAGGUUCAUCCCAGCUGGUGCGGGACAUUCAGCGAGCGGCCAAGGGCAUUCCUGUGCUGGGUCACAGCGAGGGAAUCUGUCACGUCUAUGUGGACUCAGAAGCCAGCAUUGACAAAGUCAUAAAAAUCGUGAGAGACUCCAAGUGUGACUACCCAGCUGCAUGUAAUGCUAUGGAAACUCUGCUGAUUCACCGGGACAUCCUCAGGACCCCUAUGUUCGACCAAAUUAUCGACAUGCUUCGCACUGAACGGGUGAAGAUUCACGCAGGCCCUCGGUUUGCCUCCUACCUGACCUUCAGCCCCUCAGAGGCAAAGUCUAUGCGGACAGAGUAUGGUGAGCUGGAGUGCUGCAUGGAGGUGGUGGACAGCAUGCAGGAGGCCGUAGAGCACAUACAUAAGUAUGGCAGCUCCCACACAGAUGUUAUAAUCACGGAAAAUGAGGACACAGCAGAGAAGUUUCUUCAGCAGCUGGACAGCGCCUGUGUUUUCUGGAACGCUAGUUCACGUUUUGCAGAUGGCUACCGCUUUGGACUGGGAGCAGAGGUAGGUAUCAGCACAGCUCGUAUACAUGCCCGAGGCCCUGUAGGCCUGGAGGGCCUGCUCACAACCAAGUGGGUCCUGAGAGGUGAUGGACACACAGUAGCCGACUUCUCGGAGCAUGGUACCAUGAAGUACCUGCAUGAAAACCUGCCUGCUGGGCAGCCUUUAGCUGGACAGAGAGACAGCAACUAGGCCAGAGAGUCUGACAGCAUUCCUUUGGCCUUAUUACGAACGUUGUUUGCAUCACCAUCCAGAAGCUCCCUCGGAUUUUUCUCAAGAUGAUGGUUGGCUGUUUUCACUAUCUUCAACCUUUGAAGCACAUAGCUGCUCAAAACAGCAAUGGUUUGUUUUAUUACUACAUUUAAAAAGAUGUUCCUAUUUAAGGACUAAGAGUCUGAAAAUAUUCUACCUCAGCUUAGGUUGGGUACGUCAAUAAGCCCCAAUAUUAAACUAUGCAAAAACCCCAAAUGGUGUUUAAACCAUGCAAAAAAAAAUACUUCACACAGAUUGAGAUUCGUCAUUAUUUUCUCAUUUGAAUUUGUACUGGGCAAACUAAUUUUAGUAAUGGUAUCUUUUAAUUAAAUUACUUUAUUUAUUUUUUUAAAGAUUUUGGUAGAAAACAAUAUUAAAACUGUUCAUUUAUUUACACAUCUAUUUAAUAACUUUAAAUUCCUUGCUUGAUGUCAUUUCUUUUUCCUUUAUUUCCUGGUAAUAUCUCACUUUAAUAAUGGUUGUCUGACUAUUCUCCCACUUUAACCUCCUAGGACCUGGCGUCCACAUAUGUGGACAUCACAUUUUGGGUUAUUUAGACCAAAAUACUCAAUUUUGCUCUACAUGGGCCUGAUAUCCACUUAUGAGGACAUUA